UGUCCGGGGCUCAGAGAGACGGGACGCGGCCGUAGAAAGUGUCGGUCUGGUCGGGUUCGGCCCGAAGGAAACAAAGAGAUCAUGGCGCCGCGGUGUGUUUGUAGCAGGAUGGAGGGAGGGGAGGCUGCGGCUGUUGGAGAGAAACGGAGCAAAUGUGCGGCUUUGAUAGUGAACCAGGAGGAGCAGUUUGUGUGUUAACACAUCAGAAACGCCCAUGAAGAUGGAGUCAGCAGUGGAGGCUCAGCAUGGGGUGGAGACUGCUGUGACUGAGACGGAGAACCAGCAAAUCACCCAAGCACAGAUCGCUACUUUGGCACAGGUAACCAUGACGACAGGCCACGCCUCAGCAACAGGUCCCACAGUAACGCUGGUACAGCUUCCCAACGGGCAGACGGUUCAGGUCCACGGUGUCAUCCAGGCUGCACAGCCGUCUGUUAUCCAGUCCCCACAGGUCCAGGCCGUGCAGAUCUCCACCAUAGCAGAAAGUGAGGAUUCACAGGAGUCAGUAGACAGUGUGACUGACUCUCAGAAGCGCAGAGAGAUUCUGUCGCGACGGCCCUCGUACAGGAAAAUCCUGAACGACCUUUCAUCUGACGCGCCGGCUGUCCCUCGUAUCGAGGAGGAAAAGGCUGAAGAGGAUUCAUCUGCUGCUGCCGCCACACCCGCAAUCACCACUGUUACUGUCCCCACACCCAUCUACCAGACCAGCAGCGGCCAAUACAUUGCAAUCACACAGGGUGGGGCCAUUCAGCUGGCUAAUAACGGUACAGAUGGAGUACAGGGCAUUCAGACUCUGACCAUGACCAACGCAGCAGCAGCCGCCCAGCCUGGAGCCACCAUCCUCCAGUACGCACAGACCAGUGACGGCCAGCAGAUACUGGUUCCCAGUAACCAGGUGGUGGUCCAAGCUGCGUCCGGUGACGUCCAGGCCUAUCAGAUCCGAACAGCCCCUGCAAGCACCAUUGCCCCGGGGGUGGUCAUGGCCUCAUCCCCCGCCCUCCCCACUGGGGGCGCUACUGAGGAGGUCACCCGCAAACGGGAAGUCCGCCUCAUGAAGAACAGAGAGGCAGCCCGUGAAUGUCGCAGGAAGAAGAAAGAGUAUGUUAAGUGUCUGGAGAACCGAGUGGCUGUCCUGGAGAACCAAAACAAGACACUAAUUGAAGAACUUAAAGCCCUCAAAGACCUUUACUGUCAUAAAUCUGAGUAGUUCCUGUCCUGAACACCGAGCUGGGCCAAGUAGCAUUUCAGUUCUUUUCAAAUACUUUGACUGUUUGAUUCUGCCUGCCUGGCCUUCCAGUCCGCACACGGCUGGCUCUUUUUGACGAAGACGCCCUAAUCCUGCCUACACUACCUUCUCUUCGCUACCCUGUCAGUAUAAUACAUUUAAAAUGUAUACGAAAUAUUUCUAGUAUCAGUACACUGAAAACACCCGUGCGUACUGUCAUCCAGGUCUGAUGAUAAACAUUGGCAAAGUGCUAACUGAAACUUUAUAGUCUAACACUGUACUAAAAUCAGCUGCUGACAAUGGUUAACAUGUUGCUCCACACACCUUUGUCUGCGAGUCUGCGUCUUAUUGUCGUAGAUUUGGCUACUACCCAUAUAAGUUAGUAUUAUACUGUGCUCAUCACGGUCAUAGAUUCUUCACUGGAAAAUGUUUGACCACAGAGUCCAAUGAGGCUGGGAAAUACUAUCCUUAAAUCUUCUUUCAACGACAAAAAGAACAGCCCUGUAGUUCAUUUCGACCAUCUACAUCUUUUUGUUGUCCUAGCCAGAUCGCGUCAAACAAAAUGGUGGACUUCCAGGUCAACCUGCUGAUUCAAAUGGUUCAUAAUGGUUUUACUGGUGUGCAAACUUGUCACCUCUGCUUAGACAUCAAGUAUUUUCUUUGUUGUAUUAAGAUUUAUCUGUUGAAAAGCUCUUUACAGCUCAUAUUUUAUUGGCCUCAUUGGACUCCAGUCAAGCAUUUGUGUUCAGUAUGUAAACAAUAAUGCCUGACAAGUUGUCCUUGAAGCAUCACCAUUGUUGCUAUAGUUACCUGCAGUUUAAUUUACCUUGAUGUGGAACAGUUGUGAAAUUGGGGACCAGAACUAUGUUUAAGGCAUCCUGAUGUUUCGUUUUACGGAAGUACUCAUAAUUGAAUAUUUCCUGUUGCCAUGGUAACUUUACAUUCACGGUGGUGAGUUCAGUGUUAAACAGUAUACUGGCCGAAACUAUGACAACCCAGACCCAGCUUGUAAAAGAAAACAUUGAUUAUGAAUACUAUUGAAUACAUUGAAAUUGUGACGUUAGCCGAUAUUUUUGCCUGCUGUAUACUACAUUUUACAACAUACUUUAUCCUAAAACAAUUUGUACAACAGUUAAGACAUUUCUGUGUCAGGCAAGCUCAGUCAGUUGCAAUUAAAGGCUUUGAAUGAAUUGUCUACUUGAUCCACAUCCUGAUGUGAACCAACUUUUCAAAAAAUAUGGCCACUUGUAUAGCGGACUCUACAACUAAUUGGGCACAAACAAAUAAUUUUUUCUAAAAUGUUUUUAAAGACGCUACAAACUGCCGAUCUUGAAGGAAGUGGAAGGACUGUGUAUGUCAGCAGACAGAGGAUUGCCUCAGUCAUGUCUGUUAAAAACAGACGUAUUGUAGUGUGACGUCACACUUUUUAGUUCACUCAUAUUGUUUUUCUGCUUCUCCACAACAGGCGGUUGUCAGAGAUGCUAUUAAAAUAAGAUUAUUAACGGGACGAGCACAGUUUUAAAGAAAGAUUAUUGUUUUUACAACCUGGGGUCACAGUUUUAUAGUUUUGGUCAACAUUCCUAUUAGUUAUAUUUUACUCACUAGCUGAAGUCCAGUAGGGCAGCAACACAAGGUCAUUUUAUCUAAAGCAAAUUAUUAAGUGAAAACAAAUCUGAAUGAUAAAGUUAUUACCCAACCUGGUUGUUGCAACAACAACAAAAAAGACAAAAGAAAGUUCUGCUAGUUUUUCAAGGCAAAGCACAAUUUUCGUGGACAUUCAGGUGUGUUCAUGGUUUAGAUAAUUGGGAGUUUUUUUAUAGCUCACCGCUCCUGUGACUCACUAUGGCUCACUGUGUCCCAAGAUAUCAGCAGUUAACUGUGUGAGUAAAAUGUUGUCUCGUGAGUGUGAUGUCUAAAAGGAUAAAAAGAAGAUCCAGGUUGUGCAAAAACGCACAUUUGAGUAAUUCGAACACCAGAGACCUACAUGUUUUCCAAACCCAACUAACGUUAAAUUUGAAGUAAAGCAUCAUCUCACUGUGCCACAGUAAACUGUCAGUUUGUCGUCAAAAAAGGACCACCAGGAUCAAAGUUAUCAUUUCCCCAUGACAUUUCAUUCUUCAGUAUUUUCUAAUAUUUUUGUCUGUUUUACAGUGUUAAAUGGUGGUAAAAUAUGGAUUGCGAUAACAUGUGAGAUUGCAGAGCCAUUUUUUAAAAUAUGUAGCAGAUUGGAUUCUGUGUGAAAUCUACAGAAGAUGUAGGCUACAAUUAUAUAAGUUUAACACUAAUAAUCCAUGAAAAUGUGCAUUCUGUUGAAAAGAGAUCACUUUUGUGGGACUGUGUUGUUUUUUGAGAAGAUAAAUGUACGUAUUUGUCAGUUUAUUUUUUUAUAUUACUGUACAUAAACUCUACAGCAUGUGUAGAACUCAUAUAUUUCUGUUUAUUUGAUAUGAAAAAUGUUCUUAUGGCUUGUAUGAAACCAACUUUGCAUAUUUGUAACAUACAUAAAUGUAUAAUAGAAAACAACGUAUGUGUGUAUUCAUGUAAUCCACCAGGCCUACCACCGUUAUGGCAGCUAAGUGUAUGAGAAAAGGCCUUUGUUGGUGAUGUUAUAUUUUGGAGUGCUGUAAUCUGUUUAGGAUCGGCAGUGUUUGUUUGUAAAGAAGAGCGAGUCUGUUGAGUGCAGUUGGGGUCAACAUAUAUCAGUUUCAUAAUUAACAGUUUCGUUUAUUCUGCACAGCAGAACCCUUGGUGGCUUCAAACUCAGCCACACAUGGUUGUGAUUUUAACUGUAAAUGUAUUUUUAUCUCAUAGAAUUAACUGAAAUGGCUGCAUCAGUAGCCAUUUUUCUUCCAAUUCAUCAAAUGAAAACACAAUCUUUCUUUCCACUGGAGCUUUAUUUUUUUGUACUUUGACUGCAUUUUACUACAAAGCUACAUUAGAUUUUUUAUUUCUUAUUGGUUCCAAUGGUAAGAUACAUGUCAGUUAAUCCUCAACCCAAGUAUUUGCUCACUUCAACUGGAAACUAACCUGAAUCCUCUCUAAACAAAAAUAUUUGACAUUUUUAGGGUAUAAGAUACUUUCUGUGAUUUAGUUAUGGAAACUCCAGCUCACUGCUGAUGUUUGAAACUUUGCACACUAGAGUUAUAUCCUGGUAACUUCUAUUUCUGAGCAGCAUCAAAGUUCAUUCUUGACCUCGGAAACAGUAGUUUGACUUGACAAAUUCACUCAACUUAACUCAAGGUCCACUUAAUAGCUUUUUCCAAAGCUUUCAAAUGCAGCUCAAAGUCUUCAUCAGCGGAUGGAGUUUGCUCAGUUGUCGUUACGUGACAAAGUGUGGAACUUCAGUCACGUGAUAACAAGUGGUAAUAACCCCCGUCUCUAUUCAAAGGUGGUCUUUGGUUUGUUAGGUUGAAAGUUCCUGAAGCUAGUAAGUGGACCUUGAGUUAACAUUAUUUUGACUGCAAAAUUCUGUGUUUCACAAAACCCUAAUCAUGAGGUGAGAGAAAAUUUGGGGGCACUACUGGCCGCUCUAACAAUUAGAGUGUGUUCCUUAAAAUGUGUUUAUUUUGUAUUAGUUUUUAAAAGAUCAUCAGUUCAUGGUAGCUCUUCCAGUUUUAUUUUUCUAGUUUAAAACAUUCUGAUAUUGUACAGUCUGUAUUUGUAAUGUAUAGAGGAUUAAAGGGUUGAACCAGAUAAAGAAAUCACACUGCACCUCAAACUUGGAGUAAUUCAGAAGGCUUUGAAUGAAUCAUCUCGUAAUGACCCACAAAGCAUUAGCAUGUACAGUAGCUGUACAUGUUGUCCCUGUUUUACUCUCCUCCUGCCUGUCACAGUGUGGUCUAUGUAGAGACAUAACAAAAUGCAUUAGUAAUCUUUAAUCAUAAGCAUUUCAAGGGCUGAUUGUAAAGCUUAUUUUAGAGGAGAGGAAACAGUAAAUUUGAUAGAAUCACUAUUUAGGAAUAACAGAGCAAUCAGUGCCAGGGGUUUGACAAUGUGUGUAGGGAUGGGAAGCACUCGAAACUUUUAGAUACUGGUGCCAUUAUAAUACCUGAGUUACUGGGAUGAAAACUUUUGUAAGUGUAUUCUGAAAAAAAUUAUUUCCACCUCUUGUAAUUCACACAUUCAGUGCUGGUGCUGAAACUAGUAAUAAUCUUUUUAUGUUGAUUUGAUAUAGUGAGCUCAACUUUGUGAUGUGAUUACACAAUAUCUUUUCAACAAAACCAAAAGUGUUUUCAUUUCUGUGCCAGAAUAGUUUAUACUCACGGGCCUCAUUUCUGCAUGAAACAGAUUGAUAUCCAUGUGUGUAAAAGUAUAUAUAUAGAAUUUCUAGAACAGUAAUAAUAACAUUUUUUCUAACUUUUAAUGUGAUCAGUUUAUAUAUUGCCACUUUUAUAAGUUAUCAAUUUAAAAUGCCAUGUAUUGUAUAGUAUCCUGUAGAGACAAAUGAUGCAUUAUAUACUGUUUGUUUCAACAUUGUCACAUUAUAAAACUAUACCAGCCCAUUAUUUGAAAGUGCUGUUACUUUGACAUUACAUCACUCUUUUGUAAACACUUGCUAUGUCGCAAUAAACAACUCUUGAAGAUU